AAUGAAGGGUUCGGAAAAGAGGGAAAACACUGCGAGGGACUGUCGUUUUUAAUUACUUAUGGAAAACUAUUUAUAAUAAUUUUUAGAGGAAAGCCUCAGCAGUCCUCGUAUGCUAAAGCGGCGGACGCUCGGAGCGAAAUGGUGAUGCUACGCAGCAACGCGGCCGCCGAGCCGGCGACCCGCAGGCGGCCGACCGAGCUCGAUUCGAGCUCCGAGUUUCUCUCCCUGCGGCCGCCGCUGAGGAAGUCGGCUCGCCUGAACCGCGGCCUGGAUGACAGCCUUGGCGGCGCCCACAACGCCUCGGACAGCGGCCAUUUGUCACCAAAGGAGGAUGAGCAUGCAAGUCAAAACCAAAGGACACGGGUACCGAAAGAGAAAUGCAAAUCACCUUUUGAGAAUAUGAAUGGAUCAGAUGUGUUGCUAGAAGAAAGAACUGGAAAAUAUUUCACAAGGAAGUCCCCAAAGUUGAAGGCUGGUGAAAAAACUAAUGGAGACCAGAAAACUGUGAAGUGUGAAUCACUAAAAAAUGGUGAUGUGGAGAGGAGGCUCACUUUAAGAAACUCCCAGAGUAAACUGAGAGUGAUGGAGGAGGGUGGUUCGGUACGGCGCAGCUCCCGAAUUACCAGAUACAAACAGUCCAUGCUCUACGACAGGCUCAUUACUAACACCGCAGAAGCAGUUCUGCAGAAGAUGGAUGAUAUGCAGAAGAUGCGACGGAAGCUGAGAAGCAGCGACGCCAAAGAAGCGAAUCUUGGAAUUUAUUCAGGAGUGAAGAGGAAGACCACUGGAAAAGAAAAAGCAAGUGAUGAGGAUAAUCAAGAGAAUGACUACACUGAGGAGGAUGAUGACUGUGAUGAAGAUGAGGAGGAAGGAGAUGAUGAAGACGAUGAUGAUGUGGAGGAGGGAAAUCAGAAACGAUACGAGUUCAGGCAGCGCAAAGCUGUUGUCCGCUACCAGGCACCUCUUGAAGAACCUAGAAAACAAAGCAUGUUUUUCAACCGCCAUUCAACUGCCACCAGGAGAAGGUACUCGUUCAGAUCCUCUGGUCCCCGAAGCCUCUACAACAGGAGGAGGAGCAGCAGACGGAGACAUGCUAUCCACAGCAGUGACUCCACUUCAUCUUCAACACCUUCAUCUGAUGAGGGGGAUAAUGAUGAGGAAGAGCAAUUCCAAAGGCGCAGGAAUAAGAAUCGGAAUAGAUCAAUGAACAGAUGCCUACCAUUAAAUUUACGCAAGGAGGACUUGUUGGGAAUACACAAGGACAGAAUGAAGAUUGGGGCGAGUCUUGCUGAUGUUGACCCUAUGCAGAUUGAUCAGUCGGUGCGAUUUGACAGCAUUGGGGGUCUGUCAAGUCAUAUUUCUGCUUUGAAGGAGAUGGUGGUCUUCCCACUGCUUUACCCCGAGGUGUUUGAGAGGUUCAAGAUACAGCCACCAAGGGGCUGUCUGUUCUACGGCCCUCCGGGGACAGGGAAGACGCUGGUGGCACGAGCCCUGGCAAACGAGUGUAGCCAAGGGACCCGCAAGGUGGCCUUCUUCAUGAGGAAGGGGGCCGACUGUCUGAGCAAAUGGGUUGGCGAGUCAGAGCGGCAGCUCAGACUGCUGUUUGAUCAGGCGUAUCAGAUGAGGCCGUCCAUCAUUUUCUUUGAUGAGAUUGAUGGUCUUGCUCCAGUUCGAUCCAGUCGGCAGGACCAAAUACACAGCUCCAUCGUUUCCACUCUGCUAGCCCUCAUGGAUGGUCUGGACAGCCGCGGGGAGGUCGUAGUGAUUGGGGCUACUAACCGGCUAGACUCUAUUGACCCUGCGCUCAGGCGUCCUGGACGUUUUGACAGGGAGUUCCUCUUCGGCCUCCCAGACAGAGAAGCUCGGAAAGAAAUCCUGAAAAUACACACAAGGCAAUGGAAUCCCCAGCUUUCUCAUGCCUUCAUUGAAGAACUGGCUGACAAGUGUGUUGGGUACUGUGGUGCGGAUGUGAAAGCUGUGUGUGCGGAGGCUGCCCUCUGUGCUCUGCGUCGUCGCUACCCGCAGAUCUACGGAACUUCCGAGAAGCUGCAGUUAGACGUGGCCUCCAUCAGCAUCAGCAGCCGGGACUUUGUAGCGGCCAUGAGGAAGGUGGUGCCUGCCUCCCAGCGCGCCGUAUCGUCUCCAGCAAAAGCUUUGAUUCCCAUCGUGCAGCCCCUGUUGGCUGAUACUCUAGACCAUACCCUGAAAACACUAAAAAGGAUUUUCCCGCAUGCAGAAAUGACCAUCAAGAGAAAGCAGGACAGCGACAUCACCAUUCAUGUUUUGGAGGAUGAUCUGUUGUACAGUGAAGACGAGGGCCCCUCCUUGUGUGCGGAGGGAGCCAUUCAGAAGCAGCUCAACAAAGCAGAGAGUUUCCUGAACUUUAACCGGAGUGCUCUGCACCAGCCCACCUCCUAUCGCCCCAGACUCCUGUUGGUGGGCAGACCUGGCUCUGGCCAGAACUCCCACCUGGCGCCAGCGGUGCUCCAUGCCCUAGAGAAGUUCACAGUAUAUACACUUGACAUGGCUGUGUUGUUCGGGGUCAGCAGCACCUCCCCAGAAGAGGCAUGUGCUCAGAUCUUCUGUGAGGCGAAGAGAACAUCUCCCAGCGUCCUGUACAUCCCCUACAUCCACCAGUGGUGGGAAACGGUGAGCUCUGCAGUUAAAGCCACCUUCCUCAGUCUGCUCCAGGACAUCCCCUCCUUCGCUCCCAUUCUGCUACUGGCCACCUGCAGUGUGCCCUACGACUGCCUUUUCCAGGAGGUACAGGAUCUGUUUCGUGCUGAAUAUGGAGAAGUUUUCCACAUUUCACGGCCUACGCAAAAGGAGAGAAACAAAUUCUUUGAGGACCUAAUUUUGACUCAAGCUGCCAAAGCACCAGUAUCUAAGAAGAAGGCUGUGCUACAGGCUUUGGAGGUGCUGCCACUGGCGCCCCCGCCUGCCCCCCGUCAGCUGACAGAGGAGGAGCAGCAGCGUUUAGAGGAGCAGGAGGAGGACACUUUGCGGGAGCUGAGGCUCUUCCUGCGUGACGUCACCAACCGCCUGGCACUGGAUAAGCGUUUCAAGGCCUUCACCAAACCUGUAGAUGUGGAAGAGGUGCCCGAUUACACGACUGUGAUCAAGCAGCCCAUGGACCUGUCCACCGUGCUCUCAAAGAUUGACCUGCACAAGUAUGUGACAGUCAAAGACUUUUUACAUGAUGUUGACUUGAUCUGGCAGAAUGCACUGGAGUACAACCCAGACACAGACCCUUCUGACCGACAGAUCCGCCAUCGUGCUUGUGCUCUGAAAGACACUGUGCACGUAAUCAUCAGAGAUGAACUUGAUGAGGACUUUGAGAAGAUCUGUGAAGAGAUCAGGGAAUCUCGCAUUAAGAGAGGUUGUUCAACAUCAAGAUUUGCUCCGUCCUUUUACCACGUACAACCAAAGAGAAGCAUUUCUGACACCAAGAAUAGCAAUGCUGAGAUUGCAAAAGAUGCCCCCUCCUCCACUCCAAUUGCGGCAAGCACGCCCCGCUCAGCAGCAGCUCAGAAGAAGAAGCGCAAAAGAAGCGGUUGGAGUUCCGGCAUCAUUCGGAAGAAGAGGAAGUAUUCUUCCAAAGAGAGGGAUUCUGUUGAGUCUGAUGAAGAUGGGGAAGGUGAGGAUGGGAAGACGGCUGAGAGCGAAGACGGGGAGGAUGAAACUGGCCCCACACUAGCGUCAGGCCCUGAUGAGUCAAACUGUGGCAAGACCUUGCUGGAAUGCACAUUGGCUGAAGGGACAGAGUCUGAGCAUGGCAACGAGGUCCUCGUAGAGGAGGGAGACCCAGGGAAAAAGCUGUCCCCCAAAGCCACUGAGUCCAGCUUUAACACAGCUCUGUUUGAGCAGGAAUCCGGAACAGGAGUGGCUCGAAUUACCCGCGGGAAGAAGACUCAGGUGGAGCAACAGCAGCACAUCAAUGUGGAAAAAGCCUUGCAGAUCCUGGCUGAGAAAACCCCACAGCUUGUAGUUGAUCAUGACAAGUUGAAGGAAUUGUUGCAGAAAGUUGUUUCCAAGACUGAAGGGUAUGAAGUGUACCAACUAGAGAAACUUUAUGCCUUGUUGAGUCAGUGCAUCUAUAGACACCGGAAAGACUAUGAUAAAACCGAACUUGUUCAGGAAAUGCAAAAAGAAAUCAACAAUUUUUAAUUUUUCACAAGACAAAUUUAUUUUUUUUUAAACAGAAUCUUCUGUCCUUUAAUAUAUAAAGGCUAAAAUGGUUAUAUUUAGUAUAAAUAUACAGAUUGCAGAUUCCAGUAUUACUGAAUUUCAUGUAUUAAAUUUUUUUUUUUUCCUCCCUUCAAUGUUUUGUUUCUUGUUCUUCCUUUUUUGCCAUGGCUACAUCAAUAACAUGGAAUAAGUACAGAGCAUAUGGGAAAUCAGCAGAGCACAACACAGCCAAUGAGUUUAUGGUCCAUUAUGCACCAAUUACACCACAUGUUCCACAACGGGAAUGUCUGUCAUGCUUUGCGGGUGAUUUAACAGUGCCAGUUUAGUUUAAUUUCGAGGGG